AUUUUAUCAAGCUCGUUUCAGAGAAGUAUCACUAGGCUUAAUUUUCAUUAUUUCUUCUAGUUCUUUGAUUUAUUUCCAGCAUGGCCAUCCCUGUGAUAGAUAUGGGAAAUUUCAAUGGAGAAGGUAGAGAAGAUGUCAUGGCUCAGAUUGCAAAUGCUUGUGAGACUCCUGGAUUCUUUCAGCUUUUGAACCAUGGCAUAAGCCACAGUCUGAUGGAUCGUGUCAAGAAGUUGUGCAAAGAGGACUACAAGCUUAACAGGGAGGAAAGCUUCAACGAGUCUUCCAUUGUAAAAGGGCUGAACAAUCUGAUAUUGGACGAACAGAUGGGCAAAAUUCCUACAGAAUCACAGAAGAUUAGUGAUGUUGAUUGGGAAGACAUUUUCAUGAUUAGCGACCUGCAAAAGACAAGUUCCUGGCCAGCACAGCCCAGCGAUUUCAAGGAAACCAUUGAGGAAUUCCAGCAAGAGAUCUACAAACUUGCAGAGAAACUGCUGGAGAUAAUAGGCUUAAACUUAGGACUGGAGAAGAGUUAUAUAAAAGAGGCAUUUGCAGGAGGAGAGAAGCCAUUCUUCGGCACCAAAGUGAGUCAUUAUCCUCCAUGCUCAAGACCAGAUCUCAUCGAUGGUCUGCGUGCACACACAGAUGCAGGUGGCCUCAUUCUUCUCUUCCAAGAUGACGAGGUACCCGGUCUUCAAGUCCUGAGUGAGGGGCAAUGGAUUGAUGUGGAGCCUCUGCCUUACUCCAUAGUCAUAGACAUUGGAGACCAGUUGGAAGUGGUAAGUGGAGGGAAAUACAAGAGUGCAUGGCAUCGUAUUCUUCCCACCAAAGAUGGAAACCGAUUAUCAGUCGCAUCAUUCUACAAUCCUGCUCUCAAUGCACUGGUCUACCCUGCUGCCUCUCUUGCCCUAGAAGAGAAAACUCAGCCCAUGGUUCAAGAAAAUGGAGGGGAUCAUGUUUCUACAUUUUAUCCAAAGUUCUCUUUUGGGGAUUAUAUGAAUGUUUACGGUCAGCAGAAAUAUGAUGCCAAAGAGCCACGAUUUGAAGCCAUGAGAGCACUGUCUGAGCAAGCCUAUUAAAGUGAAAAUGUUCCAUGUACCAGCUUAUCUCUUUAGUUAAUUUGUUCUUGGGAAAUAGCUGGGGUGUGCAAAUUUACAAAACUUAUAUUUGUACUGUGUGUAACUGUUUCAUGUAAUGGCGUGACUAUAGUGAGUGUACUAGCUAGUAUAUAUUGAUACCCACUGAAAUACGAAGUAGAGGGCUAUAAUGUAAGAGUACAUAUAGCGAGAAUCUGUACCAGUUGGCUUUUUGGAGCCAGUUUAGCUUCUGCGCUGUUAUAAUAUGAUGUACGUUUAUACUGGUUUUCUUAA